GGUGAAUCCUAUCUUGCCACCGUCUUCUGUGUUUUAAAUUUGAUUCUAUUUUGCUGCAACUUUUGAGUCCCAAACUGGGCCUUUUCUCUCUUCCAAGGAGAAUCCUUAAGUCUUGACCCUUGAUUGCUUUUUUAGGGGAGUAUCUAUCAUUAGAAGGUAGUAAUAUGGGGGCCUCUGCCUCUAAAGUAGAAGAGGAUCAGGCCCUGCAGUUAUGUCGCGAAAGGAAGAAAUAUGUUCGUCAGGCACUUGAUGGAAGAUGCUUACUGGCUGCUGCUCAUGUUGCAUAUAUCGAGACACUAAAAAGUCUAGGCACUGCUCUUAGGAAGUUUGUUGAACUUGAAACUCCAGCUGAGUCUUCCCUUUACACUUCAACUAAUGCUACACCAGAGCCCUUUGCUUUAACCGGAAAAUCUCUUUCCCAGUUUUCAUACUCUCCUCCGUCUUUGUCACAACGUGUUGAUGCAACUGAAACCUUUUCUCCAUCUCCUUCUCCUCCCACUUCCAGUCAUUUUCAGGUGAACCAUAUGAGGUUUCGGGUUAUAUCUUCGAGAAAAGUCGAAGAGAAACCCCCUGUUCCUAAUAUCAGAUUGGUAACCUCAUCAAGUACCCCACAGAAUACCACCACUCGUUCCACUGAAAAACCAGAAUCAUCACCAUUUGACACUUCUCCUUCGCCGUCAGGAACUCCAGAAUGGGAUUUCUUUGGUCUUUGGCAUCCAAAUGACCAUCAAUUGUCUUUUCAAGAAGGAAAGGAACCGGAUCAAGGUCCAGGAACCAUUGACGAUUUUAGACGACAUAGGGAAGAGGAACUUCUUCCAAAGCUGGAAGAUGAAGAGAGGGCUUCUUUACAUGAAAGAGAAGAAACUCAGGGUUCAGAAGAUGAAUUCGAAGUUGAGCCUCCUGCAGAUACUCUGGUUCGAAGUUUUGAAAACCUGAACAGAGUAAAUGACAAUAAAAUAGCCAAUGUACCAUCAGUUAUCCCAUCUGUUGGUAGUGUAGCCUCAGAAACUGACUUUGUCAGUAGGGAAAAAAACAAUUCUCCUGAUUUGUCACCAUUACAAGGAACACCCCGCUGCGUUUCUGUUCCAACUGAAAUAAAGAGAACUCCUGUCAGAGAAGAGGCUUCUGAUAUCAAGGUUGCCCCUAAAGAUUUCUUUUCUGUCAUGAAAGAUAUUGAGUUUCUCUUUGUAAAAGCUUCUGACUCUGGGAAAGAAGUCCCUAGGAUGCUUGAAGCUAAUAAGUUGCAUGUCCGUCCUAUUUUUCCUGGAAAAGGUCGAUUGACGGCAUCAAUAUUCUUCAGAGCAUGCUUCUCUUGUGGGGAAGAUCCAAGCCAAGUUAAAGAAGAGCUUCCUCAAAGUGAUGCGAAGUACUUGAUUUGGCAUAGGACAACGUCAUCUCGAUCAUCUUCAUCCGGAAAUCCUCUGGGAUUAUUAAAUACAAAGGAUGAUGUCGAGGACCUUAACAACAAUCUUUUCUAUAAUGCCUGCAUGAUUUCAGGUAGUCAUGCCUCAACCUUGGAUAGACUAUAUGCAUGGGAGAGGAAACUUUAUGAUGAAGUAAAGGCCAGCGAGACGGUCCGUAGUGAGUAUGACUUGAAGUGUAAAUUUUUAAGGCAUCUGGAGUCGAGGGCAGAGAGUUCAAGCAAAAUUGACAAGACUAGAGCUGUUGUCAAGGAUUUGCACUCAAGAAUUAGAGUUGCAAUCCAAAGAAUUCACUCAAUAUCGAAAAGAAUUGAGGAUUUACGUGACAAUGAGCUGCAGCCACAACUUGAGGAGUUGAUAGAAGGGUUGAGUCGAAUGUGGGAAGUAAUGUCUGAAUGCCAUAGGCGUCAGUUUCAAAUUAUCUCAGUUGCAUACAAGAAUGCCACCAUGAAAAUCUCUGCACUGUCUGAAUCACAUCGACCUAUUACCGCUCAUCUUGAACAUGAACUAAGCUUGCUGUUUUCGAGUUUUACAAAGUGGAUUGGUUCCCUGAAAGCUUAUCUGAAAGCCAUAAACAGUUGGCUCGGGAGAUGUGUUUCUAUUCCACAAAAAUUGAAGAGAUCAAAGAGGAAAAACUUCAAAACCGAACUUCUGAGAGCACGCGGCCCUCCAAUAUACAAAACAUGUGGUUCUUGGUUUGACAAGCUUGAUGCAUUGGAGCCUUCUAUAAAGCAAGUCUUUGACUCCAUCAAACGGCUGGCAGCCGAUACAUCUGGCUUUUUACCGCACCAAGAAAAGAACGAAGGGAAGAAUGCUAAUCGUCCAUAUGCACCCCAGGGGAACAAUGACAACAGUGAUUAUGCUAUCAAUACGUCAAGAGAGGAUGCUGUGAACGAGAAUUCGUCCCGGAAAGAUGACAAAAUUAGUGAUUCUGCGUACAUGUUCCGAGAUGAUGCUUUGAAGGAUUCUUUCAGGACGAGUCUAGUUUUCUUUAUUGGUCAAUUGAAGAGUUUUGCCGAAUCAUCUAUGAAGAUGUAUGCGGAACUUGACAGGGAAAUUCAACAAGCCAAGCAUUAUUAUGAAUUGUAUGUCAAAGGAGCCGAGGUUGGAAAUGAAGAAAACAAUCUUCAGAGCAACGAUCAGAGCAAUAACCAAAGCUGCAACCAAACCAGUGAUCAAUCGAAGGAUCAACUGAAGCCAAGGGUAAAGCUAUGAAUUCUGGAAAAGAAAGUCAAGCAUUCAUGACAUUGUGUUUAAGAGAAAUAUCAGACAUGAGGCAUUCACAUAAAAUGGCAGCAUUUUGAUAUUGGAGAUGGGAAUAAAAGGGUAUGUGAUAGAUAUAUCCUUAUGUUUACAUUGAGUAAGUCAAUAAAGAAAUGAUUUUGUCCCCAAAAGAUGGGGUGAUUUUUAGGUCAAAGCUGUAAUUAGAGGUUUGAAACAAAACUUGUAUAGUCUA